GAAGUUAUCGAUCAACUACCGGAAAAAAAUGAUGAAACUAUUUGCCUGGACUCUGAUGUCGAGGAGAUCGAUUCCACGAAGCACAAAAGCCAUCAUAAGAAGCACAAAAAAUCAAAGAAACACAAGAAAGAUAAGUACAAAGACAGACCAGCCAAGUACAAGUCAGUGGUUGAAAAUCUCUACUACGAGGACCGAGGGAAGAGCAAGUGUAUUUACAAAGUAGACACCUUAUGCUCGCGCGCACGUCCUAGGUACCAUCGUUACAAUAAAGCUCUAGGUUUCGUUCUCAUGAAGAAGGAAAAGACAAUCAGUAAGAGAUACUUCGCUAAAAAUUUAGCCAAAAAAGAAGCGAAGUCUAAAACUAAGUCAAAUACGGUGAUACAGAGACAUAAAGUCGCGACUGAGGAAGAAUCUGAAGAAAUGAAGGAGAAAAUUUUGAAGCUAGAAGAAGAAAAGAAGUCCAGGAUUAAGUAUUUCAACCAGCAGUUGAUGGAAGAUCCACACAACAUUGAUUUAUGGCUUGAGUAUAUAAAUUUCGGUGACCGUGACAAUGAAUUCGGAUCGACUUAUGGCCAGAAGGAAACCAACUCUUUAAAAUACUCGAGAAAGUUGGCGAUCGUAGAGAAGGCCUUGGAGAAAAAUACUGGCUCUAGUAAACUACUAAAAGCAAAAUUGUUCUUUUUAGAUGAAUUGUUGCCAGCUGAUGAGUACAUCGACCGGAUCGAGCAGAUGAUCAGCAAAGAUUCGGGUAACAUAGUUCUCUGGCAAGCUCUUAUCACAGCUACUAGAUCGUCUGUAUCGCUUUGCCAUGUUCCCAGAGUCCUCAAGUUGUACAGCAAGUGCUUCGAAAGCCUCCACCUGUGGCCACGAAGUAAUCCCAAGAUUUACGACGAACGUCUGCUCAAGAUGAUGUACCAAUCGUUGAUAUUUCUUCGGCACGGAGGUCUCUGGGAGCAAAUGUGGGAAGCUCUGCGCCUGAAUAUGAACCUGAACCUCAACAUCAACAAACAGCAUGCUUAUUUUAAGGGGUCUAUUGAUGAGAAAAAAUUAAUUGAUAUGGAGGAAGUUAUUUUAACGUCUCAGUUGCCGCUGAAUCAACUCUGGCUAAGAGUCGAGUUGCUGAGAGAAAACUGCCACUGGACGAGCGUAAGUCGCGAGCAAUUAGAACUCGUGGGUGACUCUAACAGAUUUAUCACGCCGGAAGAUGUUACUGAGUUUGUUCAUCCGUUAUUGAGUAAGAAUUAUAAUUUUAAAAUGGGAGUUUACAUUCUUUUAGCUUUGAAAGUCCCGCUGUUGCCUACGAGACAUAACUUUAUGCAAGAAUUGGGCCUAGAUGAGAGUAAUUGGACUUUUGAGUCAUACGAGUCGUUGAUACCGAUCCUGUACCCUUGCUCAGGUGAGAUGGCCGGCCACCAGCAGAGAGAAUUGCUGACCAAAGGAUUAUUCGACGCUGGACUUACCUCUGGUCCGCAAUAUCUGCGCUAUCACCCAGCGCGUGAUGCGUAUUUAGACUUUGUGCGCGAUGCCUUUCAUAUGAUUGCCGAGAGUUUUGGUUCUGAUCAUCAAAGAACAAGUUUCUACGUCUGGUGGUUAAGGUUCGAAAGAAUGCUACUUUGGAUGCAGAAAAAUGAUGUUGUUAAAAGCGACAAAAGUGUUAAGAAGCUCAAGGGAAUCUUGAAAGAUUUUCUGAAACAGGAUGAGAAUCGGAAUAAUUUACAUUUCUACCGAGAGUACGCUUUAAUUGAACGCGAAAUGGGUCGUGUUAGUAAUAGUGUAAAUAUUUUAGAAACCGCUAUCCAAACGAAAGGAAAUUAUCCAGAAUCUUACACGAAUCAACACGAACGCGCGGCUUUAAUGAGUUUGUACAGAACUCUACUAGAGGUGUUACUCGAUGUAAGAAUGUGGGAUGAGCUUAAAUCAAAUAUAAGCCAAGUAAUUAAAGUACUCUGUGCAAUGACCAGACAGACUGAAGGUUCUUUGGAAUUAACUGAACAAUAUUUACACAAUUGCUAUCAAGAUUUUGUUGAUAAUUUCGAACCCGUAGAUCAGAUUGACCAAGAAUUUUUACCAGUUUUUCACUGCGAUGCAAUCGCUUGCUACAUUUAUCUUCUCUUUAUCACAGACCAUGGGCAUCAAGAAAUUUUAAAUAUAUUUGACAAUUGUCUGGAGAUUUCUAAAAACUGUCCUUGGAUUCAAGAACGGUUUUACGAAGAUAAAAUAUCAUUUUUGCAGUUGAUGGUUGAAUUAAAAAUUGACAAGUUCUCUGUACUGAAAGAAUCACUGAAACAAGCAUGUGAAGACAAUCCAGAUAAUUUUUAUUUGCUCUCUGUUUACGCUGGCAUUGAGAGCGAAUUACCACAUUGGAGUAUCUGUUUACGAAGUGUAAGCAAUCAUGAGCAACGACUGUGGCCAACAAUUGCUGGAUGUUUAGCGGGGCGUGCUCGAUUGUACUCGACAAUUUGUUUGAAUGAUUCAACGGCAAGGACUGCUGCGCUCAAUAGACUUGUUCAUUUUCACAACAAUAUUUUUAGGGUUCCAGAUAUACGCUGCUGUCCACUGGUCUGGAGGCUGUACAUGUUGCUACUACGAGAAGAAGGUUUGUGUGAGAAAAAAGGCGAGACAGUUUAUCAUGAAAGUAUCAGCAGUUGUCCUUGGGCACGAUCUGUGUAUAUUGACGCUGCUGGGAUUGCUCCCCAGUUGUUGACGCAAAUUCAGGAUAUUAUUCGUGAAAAAGAUUUGAGAAUGCAUGUUACACCAGAAGAGUUAAAUAUUCUUCGUGGGUAAUUAAUUAUUGUUAUGAUUCAUUAUUAAUAAUUAUCCGCUUGUUUAUAUGUAAAUAU